AAGGCAAUGCAGGAACUCAUGAUGAAGAGGCGGGCAGCUGCUCUUGCCGUUCCUACAAAUGAUAUGGCUGUGCGAGCUCGGCUUCGACAUCUUGGUGAGCCAAUAACUCUGUUUGGUGAGAGAGAGAUGGAGAGACGGGACAGGUUGCGGAUGAUUAUGGCGAAGCUAGAUGCAGAAGGUCAGCUGGAGAAGCUGAUGAAAGCUCAUGAGGAUGAAGAGGCUGCGGCUUCUGCUCCAAAAGACGAGGCUGAGGAAGCACUGCAGUAUCCUUUUUACACUGAAGGGUCAAAGGCUCUCCUGGAUGCCAGAAUUUAUAUUGCUAAAUAUUCUUUGGCAAGGGCAGCAUUACGGAUUCAACGUGCACAGAGAAGAAGGGAUGAUCCAGAUGAAGAUAUGGAUGCAGAGAUAGAUUGGGCAUUGAGGCAGGCUGGGAAUUUGAGUCUCGAAUUCAGUGAAAUUGGAGAUGAUCGGCCUCUUUCUGGUUGCUCCUUCUCAAGGGAUGGAAAAUGGCUUGCCACCUGUUCUCUGACUGGCGCUUCCAAGUUGUGGAACAUGCCCAAAAUAAAAAAACAUUCCACCUUGAAGGGGCACACAGAACGUGCUACAGAUGUUGCUUUUUCUCCUGUUCAUGAUCAUUUAGCAACUGCCUCUGCUGAUCGAACAGCAAAGUAUUGGAAUGAUCAAGGAUCACUUUUGAAGACAUUUGAGGGUCAUCUGGACCGUCUUGCCCGCAUUGCCUUCCAUCCAUCAGGGAAGUACCUGGGAACUGCCAGUUUUGACAAGACAUGGAGAUUAUGGGACAUAGAAACAGGGGAGGAGUUGCUUCUUCAAGAAGGACAUAGUAGAAGUGUGUAUGGCCUGGCUUUCCACCGCGAUGGAUCAUUAGCUGCAUCUUGUGGACUAGACUCUCUGGCUCGUGUUUGGGACCUCCGAACUGGAAGAAGUAUUCUUGCACUGGAAGGUCAUGUCAAACCGGUUCUUGGCAUCAGUUUUUCACCUAAUGGAUAUCAUCUAGCCACUGGUGGUGAAGACAACACGUGUCGGAUUUGGGAUUUGAGGAAGAAGAAAUCCUUUUAUACUAUUCCUGCUCACUCGAAUUUAAUAUCACAAGUUAAAUUUGAACCACAAGAAGGUUACUUUUUGGUAACUGCUUCAUAUGACAUGACUGCUAAGGUUUGGUCUGGCCGUGACUUUAAGCCUGUGAAGACACUAUCUGGGCAUGAAGCAAAAGUUACCUCUGUGGAUGUUCUUGGAGAUGGUGGCCACAUUGUUACCGUCUCCCAUGAUCGCACCAUAAAACUGUGGUCCAGCAAUACGACUAACGAACAAGCAAUGGAUGUUGAUUAAGCUAUUUUGAUGACAUGCAAUAUCUGAAAGACUUUGGUGGCCCAAAUGAGAUUCAUAAUUUUUGUUAGAGACAUCUUAGAAUGACUAUUUUGCUUGGAUGGAUUUUUACGUAGUCAUACAUUACAUUGAAAAAAAAAAAAUACUUUUUUUGCCACCUUGUAUCACUUAUAUAGUCGACCAACCAAUUACACUUGAUGUAGCAUGAGUAAAUAACUAAUUGUCCCUUAAUUUCAA